AUGGAUUCCAGGCUUCCCGAGCCGCAAGAAGUCACCUCGGACUACGGCGACUCUAUUACUACAUCAGAGUUUACGUCGGACAAUACAGUCCAUCCCUUGCAUUUUUACGAGCAUGGCAGACGAUAUCAAGGCUUCAUCCAAGGACGAUAUGGAAUGCCAAACGACGACGCGGAGCAACUGAGAGAGGGCGUCAAGCACAAGCUCUAUGUCGACUAUAUUCUCGGCGGGGGGCUGUUCCUUGCACCCAUUGGAGACAACCCCCAGAAGAUUGUUGACCUGGGUACGGGAUUCGGCUUUUGGGCCUUGGACGUCGCCGAAAGAUUCCCCAGCGCUCGUAUCAUUGGCACAGACUUGUCCCCCGUGCAGCCACAUUGGACGCCGCCAAACGUCGAGUUCCGAGUCGAAGAUCUCGAUGACGAGUUCCGCCCAUGGACGAACAUUUAUCAUGACGCCGACUUAAUACACCUGAGGUUUUUGCUUCCGACAAUUCGCUGGCCUCGGACACUCCUACAAAGAUGCUUAGAGAAUUUGAAACCCGGUGGCUGGGCCGAGGUUCACGACAUCGUGCCGGUGACCUUUUCGGAUGACGGCACUGCUGGUGACGAUCACCCAGUUCACGCCUUGUACAGACUCAUUGAGGGACCAUUCUCCAGGUUGUACGGCUGGAAUUUCCAAGUCCCAAGCGAUGUGGCAGACAUGCUGCGGGAACUUGGCUUUGUCAACGUAACGAUCCAUGCUCAGCACGAUUGGAUCGACGUCUGGGCCCAGAAACCGCCUCUGCAGGUCGCCCCCGACAAUCCCUAG